AUGGACGAGGGUGGAUUGCAACUAAAUACAAGACCGUUUAUAGAUGACGAAAUUAUUGGCUUGGUUGUGAAAUAUUCCAAUAUAUAUGCUAUUCAGCAUAAUCGCCGAGGUGAUAUACAUUCCAGUGAAAUAAAAUGUUUCAUUGGUGUAUUACUACUCUUUGGAUACAACUCAUUUCCUCGACGGUCAAUGUAUUGGGAAAAUAACAGUGACGCAGGAAAUAAGUUAGUCUAUUCGGCGCUUUCUCGAGAUCCCUUUAGCUUUAUAAUGCAGAAUUUGCACCUGAAUGAUAACAACAAUCUUGAAAAUACCGAUAAGUUUUCAAAACUGAGGCCCUUGUUUUCUACUCUGAAUGAGAAAUGUCAGUCAUUUCCACCCCUUGAAGAUUGCCAUAGCGUGGACGAGUUGAUGGUACCCUAUUACGGCGGUCAUGGAUCAAAACAGUUCAUCCGAGGAAAGCCCAUUCGUUGGGGUUAUAAGGUAUGGGUGGGAACAACUAAAAAGGGGUACAUUGAAUGGUUUCAGCCGUAUCAAGGGUCCACAACUAUUAUUUCUGAAAAAUAUCGUCCUCUUGGCUUAGGGGCUAGUGUUGUACUUCAGUUUGCUGAUGCUAUUCAGUCUCAAUGUGAAAAAGCUCCUUUCCAUAUCUUUUGUGACAAUUUUUUUACGUCAUUACCUCUUUUGGCUGAGCUGACCUCCAGGGGGCUCAAAUGCACAGGAACUCUGCGAGAAAACAGACUAUCAGAUUGCCCUCUUGAAAAAUCCAGUAUGUUCAAGAAAACAUCCCGUGGUAGUUUUGAUUAUCUUUUGGAGGAGAACCAAAAUAAUAUUAAUUGUUUGAUGGUGUUUGAAAUGAAGAUAGUCUUUACAUUAAAAUCAUGUGUACUGAAGGGUAAAAAUCCAUCUGAUAGGUGA